AAGCCACAAUUGAGCGCACAAGCCAUAAUCACGGGGCAUUGGAUUAGAUUAGAUUAGAUUAAGCAGCAGAGUGGCUAAUAGCUUGCCAGCUGCAACCCAACCUUACGUACAUAGGUAUUGUACAAUACAGUGGACCUUACGUCACUUCUAACUUUCUCAACUCAUCCUAACCUUUGAGCUAUCACAAGCCUCAAGGCUGUGUACAUCUAAUCCUUCCAUCCACGCCAUAGCUUAAACAUUAAACAUCCGUCUGAUCCCGUCUCAAGCACACAUAAAUAAAUACGCCACAACCUCAAGAUGAAUAUCCAAAUAUAAAACACCACAACCAACUAACCAACCAACCAACCAACCACCAAAGAAGCCUCACCACCAAACACCCCAAACCCAAAUCCAGCCAUGCAAUCCCUCCGCACCCGCCGCCCCUUCACCCACGCCUCCGAUUCAAACUCCAACUCCGACUCCGACUCCCCGACCGCCCUCGACGAGCAAGAACAAGAAGCCCUAAUCCAAUCCCUCGCGCGCCAAAACGACACCCGCAACGCACAAUUCCGUCUCCUGCUCCUCGCCCUGCCCCUCGCAUCCGCAGUCCCGUAUCUCCUCGCCCUAACCCAACCCCAACCCUCCGGAACCGCAACCGGAACCGACCGCACCCGCGCCCUCCUCAGCCUGACCAGCCUCGCCGCUACCGCCUGGAUGCUAUGGGCGCUGCCGCCCGGGGUCACCGGGAUACGCGCGGUCGACGGGUGGGUUGGCGGUACCGGUGGCGAGAGUAGUAGUAGCAGGAGGCAGUUGGGGGAUGGACCCGGCCGAUCCAAGGCUGCCCACGCGCCUUUCUGGGCGGAAGAGCGUCGCGACUCGCCGCUGGCGGCGUAUCUGCCGUAUCUGAACAUAGCUAUUUGCGCGGUCCUGGUACUCGCCGGGCUCGUGUCGAAACCGGGUGCCUCUGCGGACGGGCAGCAGCAAUGGGGUCACGUCGGGCUGAGCAACUUACCCGCCGUCGUUUACGGGGUCGUGAUAAUCGCCAAGAUGGUCAUGGGCAGCGUGGACCCGGAGAGGGAUCUAAGUGCGCUGCGGUACGACUACAAGGGGGCUUAAUAACAUCACUGUAGUAGAUCACAAAAGCAAAGUUAUAAGGCAAAUAUUUUUUCAUAGUUUUUCGCGCAAGUCAUCAAAGCCAGUGCUAAGGACUUAAGGACCUGGUCUUCGCAUAAGCCAAGCUCUGCAGCCCAUCCUUAUAAAAACCAAGUACGCCAAACCGCAGUUUUUGUCUAUA